AUGACCGUACAACGGGUAUUAUCUUCGUUACCACGAAUUCCAGUCACAAUCGGUCAUGUUCCGCAAAAACUGAAAACCGGCGGGAUCGAACCCAGCAGAAGGUCCCGUCUUGAGGUUCACCUUUUUCGGAAACAGUUUCAAUAUUGAUUUUUUGAGGUUCUACGGAAGAUUGUGAACAGAACAGUGCGUGAGGAGCGCGUCGAGUUGCAAUGGAAUCGGGCCGUCGAAGCGAGACCUUAUUUGGAAAGGGCGAGUCUUGAAUUUGUCCGAAAUUAGUUUUUCGAACGUUUUUUUUUCAGUUCGAAAAUAGGUAAGUUCAAAACAUAACUGGGAAAAUUUUUAGUUGCUACUAUAGGGUUUUGACGUUUUAGUGGCCACUAUAGUAGUCAAGUUAGUGGCCACUUAAGAGGUUGAAAAUUAUUGGCCACUACAAAGGUUUAAGUGGUACUAUUAGACAACUAAAAUUUUUAGUGGCCACUUUAGGGGUCAAUGGAUCAACAUAACUGGUCCAAUCUGAUUGUUUUAAAGUUAUCAGAGUUACUGGAAGGAAUACUUGAUGAAAAACUACUGAAGUGGUCACUAUUACGAAAAAUAGUGGCCACUAUAGAGGUGGGUUUAGUGGCCACUUUAGUGUCCUCUCCAAGAAGUCCUUGGCGAGCCUGUAGAGUGGGUUGUAUAAUUAUAGUUGAUUGUUUUUUAGUUUGUUUUUUUUGUUUUUCAUUCCGACGAUCACCUGCCUUUCCAUGUAGGAAUGGUACGGCGCCCAGCUUGUUAAAGGUUGACUGACGUCGGUGAAAAUAAAAGACUGACUACUCGGGAGGUAGAAAUGAUAUAAUAAUAAUAAUAGAACAUUCAAUAAAUAAUCAAGAAAUAAUAAUAGAAAAAAAAAGUAAGAAAGUAUAACACAUCACGAGAUUAUUCAAUUUAUUAUCUUUUAGCUCAUCCAACUCGGCGUUGAAAGGGGCCCUCUUGAUGAUUAUACAAACGAAAUGAUGGAAUGGUGGCUUCCGGAAAAAGAUCUCAUUGACAAAAUGAACGAGGUUUUUCUUCGUGUAAACUCCUGAAAUCAGCUUUUUUCAGGUGAUUGUACCUAGGUUUGCUGAACGAGAAGGUCCUUUCACUUCGAUUUAUCGACUACCCAAAAAACGACUCCAGCAAUUUAUUCAGAACAAGCGGGAAGUCUGGAAGCGAUACGAUAUUGCCGUUUUGGAAAUUGAUGGUAUCUUUUGUCUAUUACAGCUUUUUCAUGAUUUGAAUGGCUGAGGUGUCGCAGAGCGUGGGUGGAAGCUAAAAUUGACCUUUUCAAUUUUUUUUUUUUGCACCCGACCAUAAACAACUUGCGCGUGGUGGCAUCCUUUAGCAUGUAGGAUUCGUCUGAAAAUGAAGAUGGUUUUAGUGGGAAGAUUUCAAAUUUUCUAAAAAAAUAACUUUCUGAAAAUUCUAGUAAUAUACCUGAUAGUGACUACCUGCGCAAAACUCUAGUUUUUAAGGGAAAAAUUUUCAAAACUUCGAAAUAAUAGCUUGAGGCCUGGUUCUUAGUGAAAAGCGUGUUUUAAAAAAAGAUGACUCACACAAAGUAGCGAAAACCAGGAAGAUUCAGAUGAACCUUCAAAAAAUGUCUGAGUAAAUUUUGAGUGUUCAAACUUAACCCUAAAAUACCUUUCUUCUCAGGCGUCUCAGAAAUACCAAAAUUUAAAAAAAAUCUAAAAAAAAAAUUUGAUUUAGUCUCAGAAAAAAAGAACAAUAAAGAAAAAUUUGAUGCAGUCCGUGGCGUUUCAAAUCGUGAAUAAUUGCAUCAAACAAAAGAUCAAAAAUUAUUUCCUUCAAUUCCAGGAAAUCCGUUCCCUCCAGUGAUCUACGAUUGCGAUAAAAGUAACACCCUGGUGAAUGUUCUUCUGCGCGACGCCCUGACUAAUCAACUACAACGAUUGAAAUUGGAUUCUGAGGAGAAGAAAGUAAAAUAA